AUGGCUAUCAACAAGGGUCUCGGCGGAUGGGAAGUGCACCAACUUCGCGGGAAGCACCUCCUAAAACAAGAGCUCUUUGGGGCUGCAGUGGAAGACCUCGAAAUUGCGAACAGGCUUAAGAGAUCUGCAGAGACUAAGCAAGCGCUGAAUGAGGCCAAGAUUAAGCUGAAGAUAUGGGAAACCCAAAGCCACCACUAUGCUUUGGGUCUUCUACAAACUGCGACCAAACCUCAAAUUUUGAAAGCCUACAAAGACCUGUCCAUGAAGUACCAUCCAGACAGGCACAGAGACAAACCAGAAGUUUUACAAAAGGCUUUUGAAGAAAAGUUUAAGCGCAUUACUAAUGCAAAGACGGAUCUGAUGGAAAAUCAACAACAAUGGCAGCAUUAG